CGAAGAAGUUAACUUAGAUGGUAAAAUUAGUUCAGAAACUACUGCACCUGCAGGUCCAUGACCUAAUUCAUCUCACUCCUUGCUUGGCCUCACUCCAUAAGUACCCCUCCUUCCCUUCACACUUUCCACUCACCCUCAAGCCAACACAACCAACCAACCCCUUCACACACUCUCUCUCUCUCUCUCUUGCAAUGGCUGCUAUUGUUUUCCUCCACAUUGCAUCAUUGGCCUCUCUUUUUGUUGCAACAAGUGCAAGAAUCCCUGGAGUUUACACCGGUGGCCCCUGGCAGAGUGCUCAUGCCACCUUCUACGGUGGCAGUGAUGCCUCUGGAACAAUGGGUGGUGCUUGUGGGUACGGAAACCUGUACAGCCAAGGCUACGGAGUGAACACUGCGGCGCUGAGCACUGCCCUGUUCAACAACGGGCUGAGCUGCGGCGCGUGCUUCGAGAUAAAGUGCGACCAGGAUCCGCGGUGGUGCAACCCCGGGAGCCCAUCGAUCCUAAUCACUGCGACCAACUUCUGCCCUCCGAACUUCGCCCUUCCGAACGACAAUGGCGGAUGGUGCAACCCUCCCCGCCCGCACUUCGACCUCGCCAUGCCCAUGUUCCUCAAGAUCGCCCAGUACCGCGCCGGAAUCGUCCCCGUCGCUUACCGCCGGGUGCCAUGCAGAAAGACAGGGGGCAUCAGAUUCACAAUCAACGGUUUCCGUUACUUCAACCUGGUGCUGAUCACCAACGUCGCGGGUGCAGGGGAUAUCGUGCGCGUGAGCAUGAAAGGAAGCAAAACCGCGUGGAUGAGCAUGAGCCGCAACUGGGGGCAAAACUGGCAAUCCAACGCGGUUUUGGUGGGUCAGGCCCUCUCCUUUAGGGUUACCGGCAGUGACCAGCGCACGUCAACCUCCUGGAACGUGGCACCACCUAAUUGGCAGUUCGGACAAACCUUCACAGGAAAGAAUUUCCGUGUCUAAAUCAAAGGGAAAGGGAGAAGAAAAUCAAAGAGAGAAGAAAAUAACAAUACUCUUAAAUUAAUGGCUCUUGGUAUUUUUGAGUUUGUUUGCUUUCAGUUUCCCUGCUUCUAACUUUCCUCUAUUUUCCUGGGAGAGUUUUGGAGUAGGUGGUAGGGGUUAAAAGAAAAUUAAGAGAAAGGUAGUUUUAGGAAAAUGUAAAAUUGAAAGUAAGGUUAAUAAUUAAUAUAAAUGUAAGUUGAGGGUUUGCAUUAAAUGUUAAAGUGUUUAAUGUGUGGGUGAUGCUGGAAUAUUAAUUAGCCAGCAUUAGCAACCUUUUUUUUUUCUCUGUUUAUUCUAUUCAAAGUGUGAGGGGGCUGAGGAGGUUGCAAGGAGGAACAUGUAGCCCGCAGCUCUGGCUUUAUUAUUGACAUAAAUAUACUAUCAUAUCAAUAAAUAUAAAUAAAAGAAUAUUUCAGUUUCUAUAAA